AUGAUCUCGAUAGAACAGUCCUUCAACAUGUUCAAUAGGCAUAUGGGCGGUGGCAACGAUGAUAACGAUUACACACGAUAUCCCGACCCUCCCCAAGCCCUCUUUUCUUCCGGCGCACCGGUGGACAUGGGCUUGACACCGGAUGCGUAUGCACCCUUCACCGCCACCACGGCGCAAGAGAUGUUCCCCACGACGAUGGCAUACGACCCCUCCUCCCUCUACGCCGAGACCCCCAGCUACCUCUACAACGGCCGCUCUUCCCCCGGCCACUUCGACGACGGUGAUAUGAGGGCCGGCUCGUCGAACCUAUCAACCACGUCUGCGCCAUCCGCCGCAUCCUCCGCCGUCGGCUCCCCGCAGUCGAACCACGGGCAACUCGCACCCAUCCCCGAGUGGGCGCCGCAGACUCUCAGCGUGUCGCCGAACAUAGUUGGACACAACGAUUACUUCCCCGGGGGCUCCGAGUACUCUACAUUUCCCACAGGUAUGGAGGAAUAUACUUCUCCCUUCGACUUUAGCAACGGCACCAAACCUCCCGGGUUUGUUGAUCCCUCCCUUAUCCACCCGGAUAUUAGCCGACCGAUUCAAAUGACCUUUGAAGGCCCCUUCCAGACUCCCACCACGGCCUACCCUACUUCCCCCGCGCUCUCCCACGGUGCUUCUUCUCCGCAGCCCAUGCUCAGGAACGGAAGCCAGUCCCCAUUCCUACACGGAGGAUUCCAACAGCCCUUCAGCCCCUACCAGACCCCCAUGGACACGACCAACUCGCGAAGGCCCAGCCAUCCCUUCGUUUCUCCCAACUACUCCGAAACCACCCCCUUCAGCAGCGAUGAGUCCAAGGAGAAGUCGAGGUGCCCGCACCCCGACUGCGGCAAGGCCUUCAAGGACCUGAAGGCCCACAUGCUCACGCAUCAGAACGAGAGGCCAGAAAAGUGCCCCAUCCAGACUUGCGACUACCACAUCAAGGGCUUCUCAAGGAAGUACGAUCGCAACAGGCACACCCUCACCCACUACAAGGGCACGAUGGUCUGCGGUUUCUGCCCUGGUUCUGGUUCUGCGGCGGAGAAGUCAUUUAAUCGCGCCGAUGUCUUCAAAAGACAUUUGACCGCCGUGCACGGUGUCGAGCAGACUCCUCCCAACAGUCGCAAGAAGGCGCCCUCGACCGUCUCUGCGGGCCCCAAGAGGUUGUCUGGCUACCCGCCUGACGCUACCGGGAAAUGUAGCACUUGCUCGCAGACCUUCGGCAAUGCCCAGGACUUCUACGAGCAUCUCGACGACUGCGUGCUCCGCAUUGUGCAGCAGGAGGAUCCUGCUGAGGCUGUCAACGCCAAGAGGCUCGCCGAGGUGGAAAACGACCGCGAGGUCAUGCAGACUCUCGAGAAGAACAACCUACCGCUCUCUAUGUCUCCUGCCGCCGGUGUUGAGGAUGGCGAGGAAGACGAGGAUGAUGAGAUGCAUCACGACGACGAUGAGGAGGACGAGGAUGGCUCCGCCAGGAGGAACGGCACCUCGAGGCGUAGGUCGGGCGGCAACCCCGCCAACGGCGUGCAAAAGUCGCGAGGAAUGACCCAUUCUCGAGGUGGCGUCCUCCUCAACACUCGCCGAGGUCGCAAGAACCGCCGCGACUACCCCUCGUCCUGGGGCUUUGAUAAGGGCCAGAUGACGAUGAAGAAGCGCGUCAUGGCUGUCUUCGAAGGCCCCCGCCGUCUCGCCAAGGACGACAUGAUGCUGUCGACCGAGCACGAGGUUCGUGUCAGGUUGUCGGAUGGGGACUCUUACGUUACCGACCUCGAUGUGCAGACGCUCAAGAGGGCCGAGGGUUUCCUCCACGCCACUGACGAGGAGAAGGGACCUUGGAUUUCGGACGACCCUACCGAGGCCGAGCUCAAGCAGAUGAGGGAGAUGCUUGAGAUUAACAGGACAGCGCCCACCACCGCUCCUGCGUAA